CCCCUCAGAGGGGGCAGAGGUUUGAAGAGGAGCCGCGGGUAGCAGGGGUCCUUCACAAGUGGACCAACUUUCAACUCUAAAGUCACACUCUCGGCGGAGCUGGCUCGUGUUUCUUAUGUUUUAAUUUCACAUUCACAAGAAAGUAGGGAUCUUUUUUUGUUUUUUGUUUUUUUUUUUAGAGUUUUCCUGCUGUGACGUGGGGUUUUUUUUCAGGGGGAACUGAAUUACCGCCCGGUUGAUGAUAUUUCCAGCGGGCAGUCGUGCAUCCUGUCCUGGGAAGAGGUUCGCGGAAACACCGUGAGGAGAAAAAAAAAAAAAAAGAACAUAAAACAGGAUACUCUGCAACUGCAACCUGGAAGUCUCUGUCGAAACCCGCGUUUUACUCGGUGGGAGUUUCGCAACUUUUUAACCAGAAAUGGUUGGCAGGCUGAACUUGCCAAAUGUAUGUGAAGGAGACCCGCUGGAUGUGAUGAGCUGCAGGGCUGAUAGAGGACUUGACAGCCCGGACUCCGGCUUGCCGCCGAGCCCGAGCCCCAGCGCCUGGCUGCUGCCUGCGUGCGCGGAGAAAGCCGGGGGCGUGAGCCCGGUGUCCGAGGACGAGGGACGGGGCUCCCUGGUUCCAGUUUUGCCCACUGGGUCUUUCCAGCAGCUGCAGCCAUUGUCCUUUGGGGAAGGCAUAGCACUCGAUCCAUUACCAGCGAAGGAAAUAAGAUACACCUCAUCCGUGCACUAUGACUCAGACCGCCACUUCAUCCAGGGUGUGGCCCUGCAGCCAUCAGGCCAGGGCCUUGAACACUGCAUGCAGACUAUAGUGGCUGUGCCCCACAGCACCUGGCGCCACUACAAGACACAGCUGGAGUUCCAGCCUCGCCAUCGGCCGCAGCACUUCAAGAGCACCACCAUCAUCUACCCCAAGAAAACCAGCGCCGUCUUCACCACAGAGCUGAGCUACGAUUGCCACCGGCUAUCGAGGCGCUUCCUGUCCAGCGUGGAGCUGGAGGCGGCUGGCCGCAGAGAGCUACCUCAGUGAGGGUGGGAGUUGGGGACACAUGGGGGCGGUUAUUCCAAUUGCCCCUAUACUGUAGCUCCCCCGUGGCUGGCUGCCAUUGACCUGCUGUGUUGUCUCCUUACACUUGCGUAGCCCGCUAUCCCUUUUUAAGUGCUCUUCCCAAGCUGCGGACAGGAAGCAUCUGUGCUACAAUGUCGCAGAUAUCCGAAAGGACAAGACAUGGACAAAGAGGGCGAAAUAUCGAUUCAGUCCAUAUCUUAUGUCUUAUAUGUUUAUAUCCCUGCUGCCAAUGGAUGAUCUAUCUGUCUCAGGAAUGGAUAUUUCAUUAAACGCUUCACUUUGCAGCUUAUAGGUUUCCAGAGCUCAUAUUUGAUUUGUUUUUAUUGGCUGUAGAACUGAUUCACAUGGACAGAGAUGAAGAGAAGACUCAUCCGCCCUCAGCAAAGUCACUCUCCUCAAGUUGGCCAAGUAUGCAGAGAGAACGUUUUUUAAUCUCGAGGCCAGAAUCAGUUCAGAGAAGUUUUUUUUAAUUCUGAAGGGGAGUGCUUUUUAGACGUGUCUGUUUAAAGGAGAUGAGAGGCAAUUAAAUGUGGUGCAUGCUAAGAGAUCACUAACUUAUCCACACUGUACAGAGGAUGUGGUGAAAAACACUUAACACAUGUUUUGUUUCUUCACAGGGUAUUGUGUAUUCCCGCACAAUGUUGGCACAGGCUAAGCCCUCUCUCCGGGCCGCUGUUUAUGGCCACCGCUCAUGAUACGCCUUGUAAAUGUUGGUAGAUUUGAGUGAACAUGUGUAAGCUUAAACAAAACUGAUAAGUAGGGAAGCAUAGAUGGAUUGUGUGUGUGUGUGUGUGUGUGCGUGUGCGUGUGUGGUAAUUUUGCUAUCACUCACUGGCUUAUAGUGAAAAUAACAAGCUGCAUUCCACUGCUAUCACUUUCGUUUGGCUUGCAUUGGAGUGAAAUUGUAUUUAUUCUGUCGGAAGUUUUUAGAUUUUUAUCAGCUGAUUAACGGGUCUCUCCACAGUCACAGCAAGGGAAAUUUUCACGAUGUCCUUUAUUGAUUAAAGUGUUGAUGCUUCUUUUUGAUAUUAGUCACUUACUCAGUGCCAGUUUAAAAUAAAGUGUUCAUUAUUUCAGCA